UCAGGCGCGCUCCCGGGGGGGCGGCGGCGCGCACGGGCGGGGGCUGCGCUCUGCCCCGCGUUCACUUCGACCUCCGCCGGUGUCGCCGCUGUCCCCGCCGUCGGGAUGAAAACGGAGGAGGCUCCGACGUGUCUGCAGCCGGGAACGGCGCUGCGGGGCUUCGGCGCGGACCCCCCCAUGCCCCCGUUCUGUGCCGGCUGUGAGCGCCCCAUCUCGGACCGUUUCCUGCUCCGCGUCAAUGAGCGCUCGUGGCACGAGGGCUGCCUGAAGUGCAGCGCCUGCCUGCAGCCCCUGGCCGGGAGCUGCUACUGCCGGGAGAGGCAGCUGUACUGCAAGCACGACUACGAGAAGCUCUUCCAGACCAAGUGCAGCAGCUGCCUGAAGGCCAUCGCUCCCUCCGAGCUCAUCAUGAGGGUGCUGGAGAACGUCUACCACGUCCACUGCUUCUACUGCUGCGAGUGCGAGCGGCGUCUGCAGCGGGGCGAUGAGUUUGUGCUCAAGGAGGGGCAGCUGCUGUGCCGCAGUGACUACGAGAAGGAGAAGGAGAUGCUGAGUGCCAUCAGCCCCGCACCCACCGAGUCCGUGAAAAGCGAGGAUGAGGACGGUGGCCACUCACAUGGCAAAGGCAGCGAGGACAGCAAAGACCACAAACGCUCCAAGCGCCCGCGCACCAUCCUCACCACGCAGCAGAGGAGAGCAUUCAAGGCUUCCUUCGAGGUCUCCUCCAAGCCCUGCAGGAAGGUGAGGGAGACCCUGGCGGCGGAGACGGGGCUGACGGUGCGGGUGGUGCAGGUGUGGUUCCAGAACCAAAGAGCAAAGAUGAAGAAGAUCGCUCGCAGGCAGCAGCAGCAGCAGCAGCAGCAACAGGAACAGGAGCAGAUGGGCAACCCCCGCUUGGGGUCCGGGAGGGGGACCGGGCGCAGCAGCAGGCAGAGCAACGACGACAGCGAAGAUGGUGCGAGCGUUCACGGCCUGGAUGGGCUGAUGGUCCCUUACCCCCGGCUCCCCCAGCAGCAGCUGCUGCCCCUGGACCAGAACGGCUACAGCACGGACCUCUACAGGCAGGGCCUCACCCCACCACAGCUGCCCGGAGACCACCUGCACCCCUACGAUUCAGAAGGAGUUUUCCACGACAUGGACAGCGACAGCAUCAGCCACCUGGGGGACUGCCUGCUGUCGACAGCCGAAGCCAACCUCCUGCAAGCCCGCGUGGGCAACCCCAUUGACCGACUGUACUCCAUGCAGAGCUCCUACUUCACCUCCUGACCUUCAAACAGCUCUCCACCAGUAUCCACCAGUAUCUUGGACGGAUGCUGCUCUGGGAUCAGACAUGAGACAUUCCUCGAGUGCUGCACAAUGGAGGAGGCAGCAGAUCCGCCCCACACAGAAGCACUAUUCCGCAGCCCGAAGGACUUGGGGUUGCCUCUCUCCUUACUUUCUAGCCACCUAGAUGGACGGUAUGAUGUUAUUUAGCUGUUCCUUUAGCAGUUUGUCCAGUGUUGAAGCUGUUUGAGCACCAUGUCCUUCCAACACAGACUGGCCAAGCCAAGCAGAGCGGCCCCAAGCAGCAGCACAGGCUCUUCCCACACGAACUCUUGUUUAUUCAAGUCCUGCUGCGCUGCUUUGCCUCAUUCCUCAGCCCAGAUGCUUCAUGGGGCAAGGUUAAUUUUCAACAAGGUCCCGAGGCAUCUCCAAGGGACGCCUCUCUGCUCCAGGCCCUCUCUUUGUGGCCAUCGCUUGGUCGGCACAGUGCAGUUUUCCAACGCUUGACAUUUCAGAAAGGCUUCUGAACGAAACAGCUGUGGUCGGUGCCUGCCUCCAGAAAUGAGAGCAUCUCUGCUCCACCGUGUCCGGGGAUGCCAAGAGGAAUGUGGCACAACCACAGCGAGUUCCCUAUUGCUGUUACAUCUAUCUUUCUUUCUUUCUUUCUUUCUUUCUUUCUUUCUUUCUUUCUUUCUUUCUUUCUUUCUUUCCUUUCUUUCUUUCUUUCUUUCUUUCUUUCUUUCUUUCCUUUCUUUCUUUCCUUUCUUUCUUUCUUUCUUCCUUUCUUUCUUUCUUCCUUUCUUUCUUUCUUCCCUUCUUCCUUUCUUUCCUUCUUCCUUUCUUUCUUUCUUUCUCUCUCUCUCUCUCUCUCUCUCUCUUAAGGGGCAGUUUUACACUGUUUAUGGUCAGAACACAGAAUCACAGCUGCCAGCCAUGCUCCUUUCUGCUUUCUCUUUUUCUUUCUUUUCCAUUUUAAAACAGCAAAGUGAAGAGGUUUUGAUAGAAAAAUGUUCCUGCUGGAAAGACUGGUCUCUAUAGCUGUGUCCACAGCAGGUUUUUUGGCAACCCUGCCCACGGGCAGGUGACUUUUGAGGUUCUGUCCAACCCAAAUCAUUCCCUCGUUCUAUGAUCUUUAAGGUCCCCUCCAACCCAACCCAUUCCAUGGCUCUGUGAUCUUUAAGGACCCUUCCAACCCAACCAUUCAAUGAUUCUGUGAUCUUUAAGGUCCUUUCCCAACCAACCCAUUUUAUGGUUCCAUGAUCUGUAAGAUCCCCUCCAACCCAACCAUUCCCUGGUUCCAUGAUCUCAGAGGUCCCUUCUCACCCAACCAUUCCAUCCUACUAUGAUUCGAUCAUUUCCCACCCUGACUCCUCUUCCACGCAUCCCAGCACCUCGCUUCCCUCCAAUGCGUGAUGGGAGAAAUAAACUGGAUGGCAUUACCUCCUCA